CUUCCGGUGAAAACAAAUUGUGAUCAUGUGAAAAAUUGUUUAUUCUUAGAAUUGAAAGAAGGGAAGACGUUUAAAAUGUUUACAUAAUGCUAAAUAUAAUUAGCAUUUUAAAUAAAAUAGUAGAAACUAUGCACUUAAUUAAAACACAUUUAGAUCUAGAUCUAUUUCAUAAUAAUGGGUAACUGCGUUCGAAGGUGUUUUGGUAUCGUUGACAGGAGGAGAAGAUACUUGCAAUCAAAGUACACAGAGGAACAUGACUUUUCAAUUGAGUUUGAAAAUCUCAUGGAUGAGGAGCAUCACACUGAUGAGAUGACAAAAUUGUUAACUGACAGAGAGCACCAGCUUCUCCGCAGUAAAAAGUUUGAUGUGUUAUUGCAUGAGCAGAGACAGGCAGAUGCUGCAGCAGACGCCAAGCUGGCCCAGCAGGAAAGAGAAAUAGAGCGUGACGAAGAGGCGUUCUACGAGGCUAAGCGUGAAGCGGCCCGUAUUUCCAAGCUAAGCAAAGAGAAUGCAGCUAAAAAUGUUUCCAACAACAAGGCAUGGGUCAAUGAUGAGGAGUGGGAAAUUGCUGGUGGAGAAGAUGACUUUGAAAUAUUUUUAGCCAGCGUGAAAGCCAGGUCUCUGGCUACUAGGUCUCUCGUCAAAAAUGGAUCAGGUGACGCCCAGAGUUCUAGCAGCAGCAAUGCCCCCAACAAAGAUAAAAGCUUAACUGAGGCCAGCUCUUUAGACAUGGAAUGGGAUCAUGAAGCUGGUAUGUCCCCCCAGAUGAAGGUGAACGCCCGCCUGUCUGAGGACAGCUGGUCCAAGCCGUCCACGACCAGUCCCAUGCAUUCCAGUGAUUUAGAGUGGGACCCAGACUUCGUUAGCGCUGACGAUAAUGAGAGGCUGGAGCUGCUCAAAGCUUCAAAGCCUGCCCCGGCCACCAACAGAUGAUGAAGUCUGUUGCUGGUCCAUCUGUUGAUUUGUUAUUUCAUACAACCAAGUAACAAACAUAUUAGACUCUGUUUUUAUAAAUUAAUACAUACAAAAAUUACCAUCCAAAUACAUUUGUAUAUAAUCAGAUGUAUUACAUUUUUUAUAUUUGUUUUAAUUUCAUCUUAUGAAGAUAUUUUGUUGGGACCAAUUGAUAAACAGGUUGAGGUUUUGUAAAUUAAUGGCUGAUAUGUUAGUGUAAUCAAAGACUGCAUUGUUAAUACAUUUAUGCAUGGCCACCCUUAUACUAGUUAGUAUAUUCUUGUUAGUAAAAAAUGAAAUUUUAAUUUUUUUUAAAUUAAAUUAAGAAAUAUUAAGUACAUCUCAUUAUGGAAAGUAUGUGUACAUAAGAAUUAAAUUGUCUCUUGCCGUGAUUAAGGGUGACAUUCCUUGUGGGGAAAUAUUUUUUAGGGUCUGACUUUUUGUGACAGUGUGUUAGAAUUGAUAGAAGGGAGGUAAAAAGUGUGCAGUCACUUAUGGACGACCCCAUUAGACUUGCUAUAGUCAAAGGGGAGAAAACUCAGCUUUUUGAACAAACUUUGCUUGUAUUUAUUUUUUAAUGCCUAUUAAAUAGAAAUGUACAAUAAAGCAUUUGUUAAACUUUUUUUUAAAACCAUUUUUCACCUUUCUCCGCUGGCUUUUAAAAGUUAUGUAGAUUUAUAAUUUUCUUUUAAAUAAUUUAUUAUAAUCUGUUAAAAAUAACUACCAAUUAUUUAAUUCUGUUUUAAGCCUGGAGUUAUUUUAUUUUAUAACACUGGUUAUUUAUAUUAAUAGAUUGUUCUGAUUUUAAUGCUUUAAUUACUACAAUUUAUACAUUGAUUAUAAAAGGUAAUUACAUUAAAAUCCUACGCCUUCGCAAAGACUCAGGCAUUUAUGCAGACUGGUUGAAGAUAUUUCACAACGGUUACAUUUGUCAUUAUCAUCCCAUACCUCCAUAGUGGCAGUAAAUUCAUUAAUUCCAUACUAGUGUGGUCCUAAUACAUCCACCACUAUCAUCCCAUACCUCCAUGGUAGCAGUUUAUUCAUCAGCUCCAUACUUGUAUGGUCAUAAUACAUCCACAUAUUUCAUAUCAUACCUCCAUGGUGGCAGUUUAUUCAUCAAUUCCAUACUUGUGUGGUCAUAAUACAUCCACCACUAUCAUCCCAUACCUCAGUGGUUGCAAUACAUUUUUAUUGUCAACAUGCUAAAUAUGUUGUUAAAUGUCAACACAGCCAUCGAAAUAUGAAAUAUCUAUGCAUAAUGCUCUUGGAUGGGUUUUAGUUCGUGUAAGUUUG